UGGUGAUGGCCCAACCCUAAAUAACUUCCAUUCUGGUCUGACUGACCAGCAGCACCCCCGCCUCACAGCACAGGGAGAGACAGUGAAGACGGAGAAAGUGUGAGAAGAAAAGUGUGUGACAGAGAGAACGUCAGAAGAUGAGAGGUGACAUUUGAGGAGAGCUGAUGGUGUCUGUGACUCACGUGGCCACAUGGAUUCACACUAUGAGCGUGUACAGCAACAGAUACAAGCUGAACAUAUCUGGAUAAUUGAUCCAAGAAGAUUUACCAGGGGAUUCUGAGUCUGGACCAGACCAUUUCAGCUGAAGGGUUGGACUGGACUAGGUUCUGCUAGCAGCCAUUUCCCAGAAGAUUCGACUUGACUGACAACUGCUGGAUAAACAUCCUGGACGUACAGGAGGGUAACAGGUUCUUGUAAUAGAAAGAAUAACUUACUUUAUCGAAACAUAACUACAGUCACCCAUCUUUCCUGGUUUGCUGGGUGCACAGUACUGAGUCUGGAUAUUUGUGAACGAUGAGUCAGUGUGAUCUCACAGCAGAAAGAGGGGAGUGCGACCCUGCAGGGGUGGCGACAGAAUAAUGCACCCAAAACCCAGAGCCCGCCCACCUCACAUAAGGUAACAAUAGCGCCUUAAAACACCUGAGCAUCCGGGCAUCCUGCCAUAUGUUCAUCAAAGACGCUGGAAGUUUCAACAUUGUUUGAGCAGAAAAGCAGAGACAUUUAUUUGUCAUUAAAGAAGUUCUGUCUUUGGAGGCAGCAGUACUUUCCAGCAACAUAACAGUGUUGUGACUUCAUCUGAAGGGGUGAAAAGUGGAAGUGAAUGAAGAGGGCACAGACAGAGAGGCUGCUUCAUGAGAGAAGUGAGGCAACAGCACACAGGGCUGAGCGUGAAGCUGCAUAAUUUCUCUACAUGUAUGAGACUACUUUAGACUUUUUUGCUUUUCUUUUAUAGACAUCGUCAAGACGCUGGAAUGAGAACGACUCCAGGUUGGACUCUCUGGAUGUCACAAUCACAUCUCUUGCUCCUUAGUUCUUGUUUUUGUGGGACUUUUGCUUGGACUUGAGCUAAAACUUAAAACUUUAAACUGUUUAGACUUUAAACUCCACACCAUCCUCUAUUGUGCAACAGCAGGGCAUCCAGAAUUUCUUGAAGAUCUCACUGUAGAAUAUUUAUUUCUUGACUUCUCCUACACUCAGCCAGUUAUGGAUUCACAGGGUGGUCCAUACCUCAACAAGAGGGCCUUCUGCUCACCUCUGGGAGCUGCCCGCCUCUGCCAGCUAGCUAUGGGCUGUGCUGUGAUUGCCAUGGUAACCCACAGUGCCGGCUUCAGCGGUUCACAUGGUGUGUUCUGUAUGGCGGCGUGGUGCUUCUGCUUCGCCAUGUCGGUUGUGGUGUUUUUCCUGGACGCUACUCGUCUCUACAGCUGUCUGCCCAUAUCCUGGGACAACCUCACGGUCACGUGUGCUGCCUUUGCGACGCUCAUGUAUGUGACUGUCUCCGUGGUCUACCCGCUGUUCUUUGUUCGAUCAGAGUGCCCAUACGCCGGCUGUGAUGUCCGAAAUUUCCGCAUCGCUGUGACCGUUUGCUCCAUCCUGGGUACUCUGGCCUACGGGGCUGAAGUGGCCUUGUGCCGAGCCAGGCCAGGCCAGACUGUGGUGGGCUACAUGGCCACCGUCUCUGGCCUCCUAAAAGUCGUUCAGGGCUUUGUGGCCUGCAUCAUCUUUGGAGCGCUGGCCAACGGGAGCGAGUACUCCCGUUAUGCCGCCACAAUCUACUGCGUUGUUGUGUAUGCUUUCUGCUUUGCUCUGACUGCGCUGGUGGUCAUAAUGACGGUGGGUGGGCGGACCAAGGCUGUGCGGUGCAUGUCCUUUGACCGCUUUGUGGUGGUGUGCACCCUCCUGGAAGUCCUGCUCUACCUGAGUGCAUCAGUGGUGUGGCCGGUGUUCUGCUUUGACACAAAAUAUGGAUCUCCAUGGAGACCAUCGUCAUGCCCUCAGGGGAAGUGUCCAUGGGACAGCAAGGUCGUGGUGGCAGUGUUCUCCUUCGUCAACUUUGGACUGUAUGUGGCAGACCUGAUCUACUCCCAGAGGAUACGAUUUGUCUCCUCACAUAUGCCUGCUAACUCACGAGUGUAGCACCAUAUGGAAGCAAAUUUCACAUCACUGGCUUAACAGGUUUAAGAUAUUAAUGUGAUUCACUGUUUAGGAUUUUGUUUGUGCAUUUAUUUGAUAUUUGAAAACACAGAAAAUAUUGAGGGGGCGGAGCGAUGGAUAUGAGUCAUAAGAUCCCAGUCCUAGGACAUCACUGGUGCUGCACAUGGGUCUGCUGCUGAGGCACCCAGACACCCCAAGGAAGUGUGAAAGCACUGUGGAAUGUCAACAAGGAAUUUUACCACUACGUCCCCCCUGCCACACCCCACUGAGGUGACACCCCAUCUCUUUAGCUCACCCCUUUUGCCCUCUGAGAGAUUUUGGAAGAGCAGUCAGCCUCACCCAAGCAGCCAGGGCCCACUGGUAUGUCCUGCCAAAUCCUCAUAAAACCUGCUGCAUAGCACAAACACACACUUACUUGCUGCUUGUAUUUCUGCUCAAAUAAUACAUAAAAGUCUUGAAUAUAAAUAGCAAAUCUGGCAUUGGCAUCUGUGGCAUCCCUGUCAUCUGCCCCACGCCAGCAAUCUACAGACAUUAUCCAGGCUACCAAAAAUAAACACGAGCUGUCUGCACUCAUAUUGAAGCCGUGAGACAGCAUUAAUAAGAGGCUGGUGUCUUUAAAACCUCUCUAUGAAAUGCUUCCUUCAGUCUAUAAUAAAAAAGUACAACCCAUUUAAAAAACAGAUGUCUCUGUACUGCGUCUUGUGCAACUCUGAACACUGCUAAGAUGACCUGCAGUUUGAUCUCCCACGUUUGAAAUACACAAUAUUUACAACUGCACAAUUUGAAUGUGGUCUGUGUGACCGAGGAAUGUUUGCACAUUAUCACAGAAGUUGGACCAAGUGCCCUAAUAUGUCAAAUGUAAAACAGGUCAAAUGUAAAAAAAAAAAAACAUCUAUUUUCCAUUUACUACAUUUACACUGGCAGUUACAAAUGAUGUGUGGUUUGAUGGUUUGUGUACAUAUUGAGACACUAUGGGAUUUUACACUCAAAUAAACUUCACUUGCAGUCUCCAAACACAGAUACUUGUACAUAGUUAAACAGACUUAAAGCUGAUAUAAUCAAUAUUUUCAUAUUCACAAUGGAUCAAAUGACUGAAUGUGUGUGUGUGAAAGGUUUUGUCCAUAAUAAAAAACCCACAGAGAAUUAUCACCAACUCUGCA